CUUUGUUAUUCACUUACUAAAUUAAUGAAAUAGUAUUGUUAUUUGUAAUGGAAAUUGAACUUCAUUAAAAUCAAUAUACUGAAGUUGAAUACUACUUUCAAACAAAAAUAACCUAAAAAAUAAUAACAAUAGUUAUAGGCUUUCAAUUAUUCACAAAGGUAUUCAUUUCAGUAAACGUUUUCCAGGUUUUGUUCUAUUAUUCAUUCUUUCAUCGGUCGAUACUGUUCAUAAGUUUGACAUCCCGCAUUUGACUAAUAUUUACUUUAUCGUUAGGCGACAACUCUGCUCCAUUGUUUUUAUUGUUAAAUAUUGUAUUGUUUAGAUAUAUAAUCUGCUGAUCAUCAGACCCAGUGGACAGGAUACUUUUUUUAACUAUGUAUUCGUUGCGUGGUUAGAACCAUUCUUGGUAAAUACGUUGACUGAAAUAGUGUUAAUCUUUUACAUUUGCUGAUACUAUCGCUGGGCAUUGGUGUUGAAAUCGAAAGGGAAAAAUAGGAAAUUCGUCAAUGAUUAUUUAGAAGUCGUUUUGACAUUAUGUAAUUUGAUAAUUUAACAAGCUGGUGGUACACCAACAACAAAAAACAGGUAAACGGAAUAUCAAGUUAUAAGUGCCUAAAGAAACAUUAACAAAGGUUUUUUUUGCACUAAACUUGCAUUCAUCCGGAUAUAUUGUUUGUACGUAAGAUUGUAAUCAUUUCCAUUGGUGCUGUCCCCGAAUAUCGUCGUUGUAGUCAUCAAAAACAGAACAUGAGUCAAGAACAAUAUCCACCGACUGCAGUUCUUCCCGGACAUGUGCAACAGGUUCAAUAUGGGGUACCUCCUGCAGGUCAAUAUGGGGUACAGCCUUCGGUUCCUAUUCCGCCUGCUGCAAAUUUAUGGAUGCCUAAACCGGAAGCUUCUUUAGGUUGUCCACCAGGAUUAGAGUACUUAAGUAUUGUCGAAGAACUUAUGUUCAGACAGUUCAUGGAUAUUGCCCCAGGAAGAAUGGGUAUGCCAACAGUUGCUAACAGCUGGUACAAAAUUGAAAACUACAUGGGGCAGCAAAUUUAUUUUGUCACUGAGGAAACCGACAUGAGCGGUGUGUGCCUCCCAGGUCAACGAGGGUAUACGAUCCACAUAUCGGAUAAUGUUGGCAGCGAGGUUAUGAGGAUCUCUAGGAAACCCAUCUUCUGCUCAUGUUGUCCAUGUUGUGGCUGUUGUGAUCAUCUCAUUGAGGUAGAAGCUCCUGUUGGAAAUAUCAUUGGUUAUCUCAAGAGCCGGAAAAAUUUUAUGAGACCGGUAUUCGUGAUAACAGAUGCCUCCGACGAGGAUUUAUUUUCGAUAACUUUACCCAUGUGUGCAACGUCAUCACCGAUGUCACAGCAGCAGUUUACGAUUAAUUCUGCAGAAGAUCAGUCAGACGUUGCUACAGUCACUAAACAGUGGGGGAGAAUGGACUUUUAUUACAGACAGAAGGAUUUCAACCUUAAAUUUCCAUUAGAUCUCGAUGUGAGGUCAAAGGCAUUGCUAAUGGCAUCCAUUUUUGUAAUUGAUGCAAUCUUCUAUCCACAACAUCAAAUGGUACAGCAGAGGAGGAGGGGAAGAAGAAUGUGAAGGAAAGCAUUGGAAGUUCCAGACUAUAUAUUUGUAACGUUUAAUCCGUUUUAAAAAACACUCUCUAGCAAUGAUGCAAGACAUGUGUGAUUAUUUAUACCAUUCCCGACUGGGGAAUGAAUAUUUUAUAAUAUUUUAUAUUUGUGUGAAUGUACAUAUAAAAUUAGAUGACGAGUGAAUUUUUUGCAGAGAUAUUUCUUAAAAAAUGAUCUUUUAAAAAGAAACUUGUAAAAUUUCAAAUUCAUGUCGUUCACUUUCUUUUCUUUUCGUUUUGCCGAGGUUAACCUAACAAAUUAUAACAGAAACUUUACCAGUGACUCCAGUUUCAAAUUGCGCUGUUACAAUUAUAGUUAUAAAGUUAUCAUUUUCUCAGAAACGGAAAUAUUUUAACAAAUUAUAACAGAAACUUUACCAGUGACUCCAGUUUCAAAUUGCGCUGUUACAAUUAAAGUUAUAAAGUUAUCAGUUUCUCAGAAACAGAAAUAUUCUAAAUUCGUCCAUAACACAAUAAAUGCAACUGACCAUUCGAAUACCAGUGCAAUGUCUGUGAUUUCAUUAUCAAUAUUUCAGUCUGCCACAAUGACGCUUGUAAAGCAUUUAUUGAAUUGUAUCCUCAAAGCUUCAUAUAUGUAUGUACAGUUUUUAUUUGUUUGGGUCUUCAGACUCAAAGCAAAUAAUUCUAUGAUUACUUUUAUUAAAAAAAACCUUUGCUUUGCUUACUGUCAAAAUCACCCAAUAGUCCGUCUACAUUAAUUAAUUACAGUUUGCAUUAAUUUCUCAUCCUUCAGAGAAUAGAUAAAUAGUUCUCAACUGAUCAAAGAUUCAUUAUAUUAUGCAUAAAGAAGCAUUUGUAACAAACCAAUUUUAAGUAUGAUUGAAAUAAAUGCA